UAUCGUUGAUGAACGGAAGAUAGUUUGUGAGAUAGGUUGCUACCGAAAUUCGUAUGUAGUAUGUAAACAAAACCCACCAAACUUGGCAGCCUGGCGAAAAGAAAUCAACUGUUUUACGCAGAAUGAAAGUAUCAUAUAUCAUCGCGAAAAUUCGGAUAGGAUAACGUGAGGAUAGGGCAGGAAAUUGACCAUGGGCCAAACAGAGGAACCAUCCCAGCAUCUACUUUAGCAACAAGGGGAAACCAUGGAAAAUCCAAGCCAGGGUGGCUGACAAGGAAUACACCCCAGUCCUGAAUGCAGUUUAGUAAAUUAAGACUGGAGGAGCCACCUUGCUCGGUACAUGAUUGGAAAAGGAGUAACAAAACACACCAUACACAUUGUGAGAGCAACAUGCACAGUAAUACGGGGAAACUCCAUUUAAUGUAACCAGCAGCAUUUGCACAACAAGGCCGUCCAGACAAAACACCAUGGAAGGUAUAAUCAUCAGAGAAGCAAGGAAGGAGGACUGCAGUGAAAUAAAACGACUAAUUAAGGAACUUGCAGAUUUUGAAAAGAUGCCGGACAAUGUACAAAUAACUGUUGAUGCACUUGAAGAAGACGGAUUUGAUUCCAGACACCCGUUCUUCCACUGUUAUGUGGCAGAAGUUGCUGCAGGACCAGAAGAAGAUGCUGUUGUUCCAGACAAAGAAGAAAAGAGAGGAGCUUUUGGAUUAGAAGAUGCUGUAACCAAAACUCGCCAACUGAUCGCAUAUGCAAUAUACUUUUAUGGAUACUCUACUUGGAAUGGUAAAUCAAUGUUCCUAGAAGAUCUCUAUGUAACACCAGAUUAUAGGAGUGUUGGGCUUGGUUCUGCACUUUUUGAUAAAGUGGUUACGAAAGCAUGUGAAACAGGAUGCAGCCGAAUGGAUUUCGUUGUUCUUAAUUGGAAUCCAGCACAAGAUUUUUACAAACGAAAAGGUGCAGUUGACCUUACUUCUGAACAAGGUUGGCACUAUUUCCGGCUCAACAAAGAUUCAAUGGAAAAAUUAGCUUAUAAGAAGGAUAAGGGAGAAACAGAGGACUAACUUUUUGUGUGGCAGUAUGCUGCGUUUUUCCUAUACAGUUCGCACUAGCUGAUAAAUCAGCUUUAUUUUUUGUAUAUUUCUUUUAAGAACAUUUGCAGUGACUCGCUAUAACUAGAGGCAAAUUGUUUUACAAGUUUUAUGCUUGUAGCCUUAUCAGUCAUUGCAAAUAGAAAUCUGUGUAAGUCAGAAUUUUAGAUAAACUGUGAUUGUAAUGAUUCUAGUGAGUAGAUGAUAAAAUAUUAUAAUUCAUCAUGCGUGAGAACUGCCACUUAUGAAGUGUACCAGUGUUGAGACUUGUGUGUUUUUGAUACUGCUCUUAUUUGUUUUGCUGUGAUACUUUACAUAUUAGCUGUUCUAAGAAAAUAUCUUAUAACUACAACAUGUGAUAUGUGUGC